UCAAGAUCCUGUAGAAAAUUUUUUAUUCGAGCAAAAGGAAAAUGAUGGAAAGUUGCUUCACAUGAAAUAUGUUGUACCUGGUUUAAAAGUCAAGAUUCGAGAAUACCGCGAAAAUUUACAGAAAAAUUUAUUUCUAAUAAACCCAUGCAUGAAGAUGACUUUAGAUUUUUGGGUCCGCGAAUAUCGCGAUUUUCGAUUGAUCGUUGUAGAAGAAAUUGCUCAAUAUACAGAAAGUUGGGAUUUAAUAAAAUUUAACAAGAUGAUUAAUAAGCAAAUUACAAAAGGGAAGAAUAUAUUGAAGAAUUUUUGGUAUGAUGGAAUACAAGAUAUAUUUCUCGUGAAUAACAGAAAAUCAUUAGUCCCGAGUCCGCUACAACGCAUACGAUUCAAAAGGUUCUACGAAUGUGUUGCUAAAAUAAUGGAAUCGCAGCUUUUGUCAAUGUGUAAAUAUAGUUUGAAAGAUUUUAUGGAUUUAAUUAUCCGUGGCAAGCCGAUUAACUGUGAAUUUAAUGUGGACAUAAUUGUUAGCUUCAAGCAGCUGACUUUUGAGCCAUCGUUUGAAAAAUUUAAGGAGGUGCUUUGCAAUAUCGUGGACAAAUUAUGUGAGGCAGUUAGAUAUUUCGACAAAUUAGAAAUGCAGCUUUAUUUAGAUUGGUCUGGCAAAGAAGGAUUUUUAGAACCGCACAUAGAGCAUUCCAAAGUGCAACAACUGAAGCAGGAAAUUAUUGACUUAAUCGAUCGAGAAAGACUUAUUCCAGAGCAGAUAUUAAUGGAAUUACAAAUAUACGAACAUUUAUACAACGACGAUGAGUAUUAUAUAGUGGAACGAUUUGUAAAAGAUGAAAGCAAGAAGUUAGAGGACUACAACAAUUUAAUCAAACAUUAUCACAAUCUCAUGCUGAACUUUCCCGUCGAAGUUGAAAGGACAGUUUUUGCUGGAUUGUUCAAGGUGUCUCGAAAAAUGUUCACCGAGGCAAUCGUCGAUAACGUUUAUCGUAUAAAAUGUCUUCUCACCGACACACUCGUCGAGAGGUAUCAAGACAUGGCCACGAAAAUUACAGAGCAGUAUCAAAGUAUAUCUGAUCGUGCCUUGAGCAUGCCCGCCAACACGGCCGAACUGAUGGAGCUUAAAAGCUUCAUUAAGAUAACCAGAGAAGUUACUUUAAAGACUCUCGAGCAGAAUCUCUAUCAAAUAAUCAAACAUAUUUUGCUGUUGUCCGAUUAUCGUCUUCUCAGUGACAUCGAGAUAAUCACGAAUAACGAAGCUUUUCAGUGGUACCAUAAAGUACCCGAUAUUCUGGAGGAAAACGAAAGCAUCGUUGCGAUUAAGACGCUAGAAUUUCAGCAAGGACUAAGAGUUAGGUAUAUUAAGUUCAAAGAGGAAUUGGAGUCUUACGCGAAACAAGUAGACGAGAUCGAACAUUGGGGAGACAUAGCAGAGGUGUACAAGUAUCAGAAAAAGACACAGACUUUAGAGAAUCGAUUGAUCGCCGCCAUGGACAAGAUCGAUAAGUUUAACGAAGAAGAAGCUUCGUUUGGCUGGGACAUAACGCAAUAUCCACGUCGUAAGCAGAUUGCUGAUCAACUGAAACCUUUCAAGCAACUCUUUGAUGCAAUUUGUGACUUUUUGACAAAGCACGAUAAAUGGUUAAACUCCAUGAUCGGUAGUUAUAAUCCGGAGGACAUCGACAACGACGUAGGAUACGCGUUCAGAACGAUUUAUAAACUGGAGAGAAGUUUUCAUCAGCCAGCUUUGAGGCAGCUAGCAGCCAGCGUUCGGGAAAAAAUCGAGGACUUCAGGGAACACAUGCCGAUCAUAUUUAUGCUUGGUAAUCCGGGAUUAAAGGAUCGCCAUUGGGCAGAAAUUUCGGAGAUCAUAAACGUCCCGAUAAAGGUCGAUCCUGAUUUAACAUUGGCGAAGAUCCUGGAUAUGAAUCUAGGUAGAUUCGUCAGUCUGUUUGAGAGUAUCUCGGACAAUGCUUCGAAGGAAGCCACAUUGGAAAAAGCCAUGGAUAAGAUGGAGAGAGAUUGGGCCGAUUUAUACUUCACGGUGAACCCUUUCAAGGAUACCGGUACAUACGUCAUUGCUGGUGUCGACGAUAUACAGCUUCUUUUAGACGAUCACAUUAUUAGGACCGUCACUAUCAAGAAUUCACCGAACAUAAAACCCUUUGAAACAAGGAUACUGCGAUGGGACUACAAACUCCAUUUGCUGCAAGAUAUUCUGGACCAAUGGCUACGCGUACAGGCGAUCUGGAUGUACCUGGAGCCGAUCUUCACGUCGCCGGAUAUCCAACAACAGAUGCCAGAGGAGGGAAGGAAAUUUUCCGCGGUGGACAAAACCUGGCGUGACAUUAUGAAGACCGUUCACGCGGAUCCUCGCAUUUUCGUGGUCGUCGAAAUCGAUAAAAUGCUGGAGCGUCUAAAGAAGAGCUACGGAUUACUCGAAGACAUUCAAAAGGGUCUGAAUGAGUAUCUCGAAAGGAAACGACUCUUCUUCCCGAGAUUCUUUUUCCUAUCUAACGACGAGCUGCUGGAAAUUCUUUCUGAAACUAAGGAUCCAACUCGCGUUCAGCCGCAUUUGAAGAAAUGUUUCGAGGGCAUACAUCGUUUAAAUUUCGACGAAGAUCUCGAGGUGCUCGCCAUGAUAUCGACAGAGGACGAAGAAGUUAAAUUGAUAGAAAAGAUAUCCACAGCUGCUGCCAGGGGACAAGUAGAGAAAUGGUUGAUCGAAUUGGAAACGAUUAUGCGAAAGAGUAUACGAAGGGAGGUGAUGCUAGCGAUUCAGGCGUAUCCUAUCAAAUUGAGGAAGGUUUGGGUGCUGGAUUGGCCAGGUCAGACGAUCCUUUGCGUUGGCAAAAUGUAUUGGACUCUACGUAUAGAGGAAGCGAUGUUGUUCGACGUUCAAGGGUUGAAGAAAUACUUGGAACAAUGUCAAACGGAGCUAAAUGACAUAAUAUCGUUGAUCAGAGGCAAAUUAUCGAAACAGAAUCGCAUCACUCUGGAAGCGUUAGUCACGUUGGACGUUCACGGGAAAGACGUGCUCGCGAGUCUUUACAAAGAGCAAGUGGUGAAGAACACCGAUUUUAGAUGGUUGUGUCACUUGCGUUACUAUUGGCUGGAAGAAAACAUGUGGGCUUACAUGAUAAACUCGCAGCAACGUUACGGUUACGAAUAUCUCGGCAAUUCGUCGAGGCUAGUGAUCACUCCUCUAACAGACAGAUGCUAUCGAACGCUGUUCGGUGCUCUGAGCCUUCACCUAGGCGGUGCACCAGAGGGGCCAGCAGGAACUGGUAAAACAGAAACGACGAAAGACCUCGCCAAGGCGAUGGCGAAGCAAUGCGUGGUGUUCAAUUGUUCCGAGGGUCUCGACUACCUUGCGUUAGGGAAAUUCUUCAAAGGAUUAGCUUCCUGCGGUGCCUGGUCCUGCUUCGACGAGUUCAAUCGAAUCGACCUGGAGGUGUUGUCGGUAGUCGCGCAGCAAAUUUUAACGAUUCAACGAGCGAUAAACAGCGGCGCCGAGAAGAUCGUGUUCGAGGGCACAGAGAUCUUCUUAGAUCCAACGUGCGCCAUUUUCAUCACUAUGAAUCCAGGUUACGCGGGAAGGUCCGAGCUACCGGACAAUCUCAAGGCAUUAUUCCGACCCGUGGCGAUGAUGGUGCCGGAUUACGCAUUGAUCGCGGAGAACACGCUGUACUCUUAUGGCUUUUAUAACGGUAGACCGUUGGCUGUAAAAAUCGUCACAGCUUACAGGCUGUGCUCCGAGCAGUUGAGCAGCCAGCAUCAUUACGAUUAUGGUAUGAGGGCGGUCAAAUCUGUCCUCAUUGCCGCUGGAAACUUGAAGCUCAGAUAUCCGGAAGAGUCCGAAGAUAUUCUUAUGCUAAGGAGCAUAUUGGACGUCAAUCUGCCGAAAUUUCUGGUCCAAGAUCUACCUCUGUUCGAGGGCAUCGCUUCAGAUUUGUUUCCUGGUGUCGUUCUUCCACCGCCGGACUAUACUCAUCUGAAUGCCUGUGCGAUGGAUGCGUGUGCUGCUGCUAACAUCCAAUGCACUGAUUUCUUCUUGGAGAAGAUGCACCAGAUCUACGAGAUGAUGAUCGUCAGACACGGUUUCAUGAUCGUUGGCCUGCCGUUUGGUGGGAAAACCUCGGCUUAUAGGAUGCUGGCCGAUAGUCUUGGUUUGUUGGAGGAUCGGAAGCUGAUGGACGAACACAGAGUGGACAUAACGGUUAUCAAUCCAAAGGCAAUCACCAUGGGUCAAUUAUACGGCCAGUUCGACCCGGCAUCGCACGAAUGGAGCGACGGCGUGCUCGCUGUCAGUUACAGAGCUUUCGCGACUUCCACCAACCUGAAUAGAAAAUGGUUAGUCUUCGACGGGCCGGUUGACGCCCUGUGGAUCGAGAAUAUGAACACUGUCUUGGAUGAUAAUAAAAAGCUUUGCCUGACCUCUGGGGAAAUUAUCCAACUGGCGCCCACUACGAACUUAAUUUUCGAACCUAUGGACUUAGAGGUCGCGUCGCCUGCCACGGUGUCAAGAUGCGGUAUGAUUUACAUGGAGCCAGUCAGUUUAGGCUGGAAGCCAAUUUUGCUGUCGUGGUUAAAUACUUUACCAUCGUCUUUCACGGAACACCUUAAAAACCACUUGCACGAGAUGUACAUGAGGUUCUGCCCUCCGCUCUUGAAUCUACUUCGUUGGGGAGUCAAGGAAUUGAUAACAAUGCCAGACGCCAACAUUGUUAGGUCCGUGACAUACUUGUUCGAUUGUUUCCUCGAUGAUUAUCACGACGAGAAGUAUCUUCAGACCCUGUCGGAUCUAGAUAUGAGGGCACAAGUGGAGGGUUGCUUCUUCUUCUCUUGUAUUUGGGCGAUGGGCGGGACGUUGAUGGUAGACUCUCGCGAAUGGUUCAGCGAUCUUUUCAGAGCAUUAACAGAGAGAGAAUUUCCCGCCGAUGUCAGGAAACGCUUCAACGUCUCGGAAGAAACCACGGAUCCGACGAAACCGUAUGUGGUAAAUUUGCCAAUGACAGGUUUGGUGUACGAUUAUAAAUACAUCAAAGAGGGUAGGGGCAAAUGGAGGCCGUGGGCGGAAGAUCUUCAAGCUGUUCCGGCAAUACCGAAAGACCUACCGGUUAAUCAAAUAAUCGUCCCGACGAUCGAAACCGUUCGUUACUUUCAUCUGCUCAAACUGUUGAUCCGUCACCACAAACCUGUGCUACUGGUAGGUCCAACCGGCACUGGCAAGUCCGUGUACGUCAUGGAGUUUUUAUUAAAGAGAAACGAUCCAGAUAUCUUCAAGCCGCUUUUCGUGAUAUUUUCCGCUCAAACGACCGCCAAUCAAACCCAAGAGAUCAUCAUGAACAAAUUGGACAGGCGAAAGAAAGGGUUGUACGGCGCGCCGCCAGGGAAGCACUGGGUGAUAUUCGUGGACGACGUCUCUAUGCCACAGAAGGAAGAGUUCGGUGCGCAACCACCUAUAGAGUUGUUGAGACAGUGGCUAGAUCAUUGGACGUGGUACGAUCUGAAGGAGAUAGUGCCCAUACACCUGGUGGACGUUCAGUUGAUUUGUGCAAUGGGCCCCCCAGCGAGCGGACUCGACGUCACGCCACGAUUCAAACGGCACUUCUUCACGCUAGGGAUCUGCGAGUUCUCCGACGACGUUCUCAACACCAUUUUCACCACCAUCGUGUCCUGGUACUUCAGGAACAAAGAAUUCCCGGAUUUCUACUUCCCCAGCGUUGAUUACAUCGUGAGCGGGACUCUGGACGUUUAUAAAGAAACUAGGAAGUAUCUUCUACCGACACCGGCCAAAUGUCAUUAUCUGUUCAACCUGCGGGACUUCUCCAGAGUGAUCCAAGGAGUGUUGCUGUGCACACCUGAUACUGUCACGGAACCUCGAAGUUUAAAGCGACUCUGGGUACACGAAGUGCUGCGCGUUUAUGGUGAUCGUUUGGUAGACGACAAUGAUACUAAAUGGCUUGUCGAGCAAAUACGACGAACCAUGUCAGAAUAUAUGGACGACAACCUGGACGAUCUGUUUCAAGAUUUACUCAUCGCUCGCGCUGACACAAUAACAGAAAUGGAGCUUCGAAAUCUGGUGUACUGCGACUUCCAAGAUCCACUGGCGGAUAAGAAAGGAUAUCUCGAGGUUGCAGAUUUAGACUACCUGGCGAUAGUGGCCGAAGAAUAUCUCGCGGAAUAUAACACGAUUUCGAGGACACCGAUGAACCUCGUUCUCUUCAGAUUCGCCGUAGAACAUCUAUCAAAGAUCUCUCGUAUAAUGAUGCAGCCUCGAAGUCACGCGCUAUUAAUCGGCGUGGGUGGUUCAGGCCGCCAGUCGUUGACAAAACUGGCGGCCCACAUCGCGGAUUACGAGCUGUUCCAGGUGGAGAUAUCCCAGCAGUACGGUUGCUACGAAUGGCACGAAGACGUGAAGGACAUUCUGAGAAAGAGCGCGGCCAGCGAUCUGCACACGGUUUUUCUAUUUCUCGACACGCAGAUUAAGGAGGAGACGUUUUUAGAAGAUAUCAGCAAUCUAUUGAAUUCCGGCGAGGUUCCGAACAUAUUCGCGCCGGACGAGGUGUCCGACAUCUGCGACAAGAUGCGGGUGAUCGAUCGGCAAAGAGACAGAUCCUUGCAAACGGACGGAAGCCCGGUGGCGUUGUUCAAUUUCUUCGUGCAGACGGUUCGCGAACACUUGCACAUCGUGGUCACUAUGUCGCCGAUCGGUGACAAUUUUCGCACGAGAAUUCGAAAAUUCCCGGCGCUGGUGAACUGUUGCACGAUAGACUGGCUGCAGCCUUGGCCGGAGGAUGCGUUGCUCGCUGUGGCGACCAGGUUCCUCGACGAGAUCGAUCUGACCAAGAUGGAACGUUCCGCCUGUAUCGAGAUGUGCCAGUACUUUCACACGUCCACGCAGGGAUUGUCAAAGGAGUUCCUGAGAAAGUUGAAGAGAUACAACUACGUUACGCCCACCUUGUAUCUGGAGCUCAUCAGCACGUUCAAGGACCUGCUGGCGAGGAAGAGGAAGGAGGCGCUCGAUGGUAAAAGAAGGUACGAGGCUGGGUUGGAACGGUUGGACAGUACUCACAGGCAAGUGGAGAAAAUGCAGGAGAUUUUAGUCGCGCUACAACCGAAGCUGCUUGUCGCGGCCAAGGAGGUGGAGGCCAUGUUUCUUGACGUUCAAAGGGAGAGCAACGAGGUGGCUGCCAUGGAACGAGUCGUCAAGAGGGACGAGAAGGCCGCCAUGGUGGUGGCGAGCGAGGCGAACGCCAUUCGCGCAGAAUGCGACGCCGAUCUGCAAGAAGUGAUGCCGAUAUUAAACGCGGCGAACGAUGCCCUGAACACUCUGACUCCUCAGGAUAUUCAAAUCGUGCGAUCCAUGAAACGACCGCCAGCCGGCGUUCGGCUGGUGAUGGAGGCAGUUUGCAUUCUAAAGGACGUGAAGCCGGAGAAGGUUAAAACUCCGGAUGGAGUUGUCGACGAUUAUUGGAAGCCGUCUCUCCGCUUGUUGAGCGACAUGAGGUUCCUCGAAUCUCUGUUGACGUACGACAAGGACAACAUUCCGGAAAGGAUCAUGACGAAAAUCCGCACCACCAUCCUGACCAACCCAAACUUCGAUCCAGAGAGGAUCAAGUUCGUUUCCACCGCCUGCGAGGGCCUCUGCAGAUGGGUGUUCGCUCUGUCAGAGUACGACAAGGUGGCGAAGAUUGUCGCGCCGAAGAAACAGGCACUGGCUCUGGCAGAGGCCGACUACAAGGAGGCGAUGACGCAAUUGAACUUGAAGAGAAGCCAGCUGCAAGAGGUUCGUGACAGACUGGCGGGGCUGGAGAAGCUUCUGGCUAAACGAAGGGCCGAGUACCAGGCGAUGACGGACGAGGUGCGCGAGUGUGAGACGAGAUUAAGGAGGGCCAGGGAGCUGAUUGGCGGCUUAGGGGGAGAGUACACCAGAUGGUCCGAUACAGCAAAGGAACUGGGCGAACGUUAUUACAAACUGACAGGCGAUAUUCUCAUCGGUUCUGGGAUCGUGGCCUAUUUGGGAGUGUUCACCACUCAAUACAGACAGGAACAGAUCGACAAAUGGGUGCAGAUCUGCACCGAUUUGGAAGUGGUCUGCACGAAGGACUAUCAACUGACUCAGAUUCUGGGUGAUCCUGUGUCGAUACGCUCUUGGAAUAUAUUCGGGCUGCCCAGCGAUUUGUUCUCCAUAGACAACGCGAUUAUCGUCACGAAUUCUCGACGAUGGCCGCUGAUGAUCGAUCCUCAAGGCCAGGCAAACAAGUGGGUGAAGAACAUGGAGAAGAAAAAUAACAUUCACGUGAUCAGAUUGUCGCAGCCCGAUUAUAUGAGGAUCCUGGAAAAUGCUAUUCAAUUCGGACAGCCGGUUCUGUUGGAGAAUGUGGGCGAGGAGCUUGACGCUGCUCUGGAACCGCUUCUGAUGAAACAAACUUUCAAGUCCGGCGGCACCGAGUGUAUCAAGGUUGGAGAUUCCAUCAUCGAGUACUCUCCCAAUUUUCGAUUUUACAUCACGACGAAACUGCGUAAUCCUCAUUAUUUUCCGGAAGUGGCGGUGAAGGUGACACUGUUGAACUUCAUGAUCACGCCGAUAGGCCUGGAGGAUCAGCUGCUCUGUAUCGUGGUGGCCAAAGAAAAGCCAGAGUUAGAGUCUGAGAAGAACCAGUUAAUUAUCCAAGGGGCUGCCAACAAGAAGAAACUGAAGGAGAUCGAAGACGAAAUUCUGGAGGUUCUGUCGACGGCGGAAGGGAACAUCCUUGAGGACGAAACAGCGAUCAGCGUGCUUAGUUCGUCCAAGGCUCUCUCCGACGAGAUCGUCGCGAAGCAAACAGCGGCUGAAAUCACGGAGAAGUCCAUCGACGUUGCGAGAUUGGAGUACACGCCCAUAGCUGCCUAUAGCACCGUCCUUUUCUUUACGAUUGCUGUCCUGACGAACAUUGACCCGAUGUAUCAGUACUCUUUGAUCUGGUUCGUAAAUCUGUUCAGCAACACGAUCGAGAACACUGAACCGGUCGAAGACAUUCAGCAACGAUUGAAGGACCUCACGAAGCACUUCACGUACUCCCUCUACGUAAACAUAUGUCGGUCGUUGUUCGAGAAGGACAAGCUUUUAUUCUCGCUGUUGCUUUCGGUGAACCUGCUGAAUAAGCAGGGACAACUCUCGAUGCCUCAAUGGAUGUUCCUGUUGACCGGCAGCGUCGGGCUUGAGAAUCCUUUCGUAAAUCCCACGGAAUGGCUACCUCCGAAAUCCUGGGACGAGUUGUGCCGUUUGAACGAUAUCCCGGAGUUCGAGGGAUUUAAAAAUGCGUUCGAGGAACACUUAGAUGGUUGGAAGGCUGUCUUCGAUCACAUGGAGCCUCAUACUUUAACAUUCCCAGCGCCGUACGACCAGCUCACCUUAUUCAAGAGAAUGAUCGUGCUGCGAUGUAUCCGUCCUGACAAAGUCAUGCCAGCCGUACAGCAAUUUGUAGAAGAACAACUGGGACAUCAGUAUAUUGAGGCGCCGCCCUUCGACCUGGUAUCGUCGUUCGCGGACUCGAACUCCUGCAGUCCUCUGAUAUUCGUGCUGACGCCUGGCGCCGAUCCUAUGGCGAUUCUACUGAAAUUCGCCGAUGACCAGGGCUUCGGCACGAAUCGACUGUUCUCCCUGUCUUUGGGUCAAGGGCAAGGAGUUAUCGCCACCCAACUUAUCGACGAAGGAGUGAAAAAUGGCACCUGGGUGGUCUUGCAGAAUUGUCACGUUGCCAAGAGCUUUAUGCCGGACUUGGAAAGGAUUUGCGAAGAAUUCACUCCUGGAACCGUGCACCCGGAUUUUCGUUUAUGGCUGACGAGCUAUCCUGUGGACCAUUUUCCAGUCAGCGUCCUUCAGAAUGGCGUGAAGAUGACCAACGAGCCGCCGAAAGGACUGAGAGCAAAUAUAGUCAGAUCUUUCUUACGGGAUCCGAUAUGUGACGAGGACUUCUUCGAAACGUGCAAGCAAAAAGAGAUUUUCAAGAAACUACUGUUUUCAUUGUGCUUUUUCCACGCGAUUGUUCAAGAACGCAGAAAAUUCGGGCCGAUCGGUUGGAAUAAUCAAUACGAGUUCAACGAGACUGAUCUGCGGAUCAGUGCGCUGCAAUUGAAGAUCUUCUUGGAUCAGUACGAUGACGUUCAAUUUACCGCCUUGAAAUACUUAACAGGCGAGUGCAAUUAUGGCGGUCGCGUGACAGACGAAUGGGACAGAAGAACUUUGAACACGAUCCUCGUGAGAUUCUACUGUAUGGAAGUCAUCACUCAAGAGAAAUAUCCGUUCGAUCCUAGUGGCAUAUAUUAUGUACCUCAAGUCAGUGAUCACGAAGAAUUUCUUGAUUAUGUUAGAUCUUUCCCAAUGACCACUGCGCCUAGUGUCUUCGGGAUGAACGAGAAUGCAGAUAUUAUUAAGGAUCAACAAGAGACUACGUUGAUGCUGUCUUCUCUGCUGGCAACACAGGACACCGGAGAAACGGAAAUAGACGUAGGAAAAUCACCCGACGAGAUCGUCUACGGCGUAGCGUCUGAUAUUCUGUCAAAGUUGCCCGACGACUUCGAUCUAGCGGCUGCACUCGAGAAAUACCCGACGUUAUAUAAUCAAAGCAUGAACACGGUGCUGGUGCAGGAAAUGGGAAGAUUCAACAAGCUUCUGCAAACGAUCAGGAAUAGCCUCAUAAAUGUUCAGAAGGCGAUCAAAGGUCUGGUGAUCAUGAACCCGGACCUCGAGGAGGUCUACGUGUCGAUAAUUGUUGGAAAGAUACCGAAGAUGUGGAUGGCGAACUCUUAUCCGUCGUUGAAGCCGCUAGGCAGUUACGUACUGGACUUUUUGAAGAGGCUCGCCUUUCUUCAGCUGUGGUACGACGAAGGGCCACCGACAACAUUCUGGAUCUCUGGUUUCUAUUUUACGCAGGCGUUUCUCACCGGUGCACGUCAGAAUUACGCGAGGAAGUACUCGAUACCGAUAGAUCUGCUCGUCUACGAUUUUGCCCCUUUGAGGGAGACUGUUUUCCAUGAACCUCCAGUCGAUGGUGUUUACAUUUACGGCCUGUUUCUUGAUGGUGCUCGUUUCAACAGAACAACCAUGAAACUUGACGAAUCGUUGCCGAAAAUCUUGUACGACGCCGUACCUUAUAUUUGGCUGAUACCGAUGAAAAAGGACGAUCUGCCGGAGAGGUACACGUACACCUGCCCGGUGUACAAAACUACGGAGAGGAAAGGUGUCCUGUCGACGACCGGCCACUCGACGAACUUCGUAAUCGCCAUAUGGCUCCCGACGGACCAUCCACCGGAGCAUUGGAUUCUGCGUGGCGUAGCAAUGAUCUGCCAAUUGUCCGAUUAAACCGAUCGUCUCGUUGGAAUAAUGUUUGUCUUGCCUUUUGUCGGGGCGCGAAAUCGUGCGCCCUCGUUUGUCCAGUAAUAUCGGUAUACUUAUCUUUACUUGAUGAGGUAAUCGAAUUCCGAGCGAUGCGAUACGAGAGCGUCGUACGUUAAUUCGAUUCACGACGACGGCCCCGAUCUCUCGUGUAUCGUCCUUCUUAUCGCGAUAAAAAUAAUCGGAUCGAAGAGUGGAGAACUUUGCUCGACGCUGGUCGUUUCAUUGCUUUAUCGAUCACUGUCGGGAACAAUCCGUCCGUAUUUCCCCCACGUUCGACGCGUUAUUCGCGGCACUCUUCAAAUUCAGCCCCGAUCAAAGUCCGAGCUGAUUUACCCAGCGGGGCGUCGUUUUUCGGAACGUCGUUUCGCACGUAGGCGAGCCACUACAACAGGUGGCGAUACAUCCGGGUCACACACAGAGGCUUGUGUCUCCUCUCUGCCUCUUGCCUGCCGAUCAAUCGACCGUCCAACGUCUUUGUGCAAAAUCUUCAAACGAGUCUAAAAAAGUCAGUCCGCUUGACCCGGACCCGGAGAGAGAGAGAGAGAGAGAGAGAAAAAAAAAUAAAGAAGAAAGGAAAAGGAGGAAGAAAAAAAAGUAGACGAAAGAAAGGGAGAGAAGAGAGAAACUGAUAGAGGUGUACCAGGGCCGAUUUCCGAUACACCACGGUGUGUCCGUUCCGACAAACCGGCGAGAGCGUAUCCGCCGCAAAAUCGAGAUUCCUAUGCAAACGGUUAUCGUAAAUAUUGCAAGCGGUAUCGAGGGGAAGCUGGUGGAACCAGGUGUAGGAGAGAUUUCGAAGGCAGCGUACGUCGCGCAGGAGAUAGCAGCCCUGGUGACGACGAGGUGGAGCAGUGGAGCUAGCUACACAGUGGUAGAGAGAGAGAGAGAGAGAGAGAG